AUGCCCUGGAUACUGCUGUUAGAAGUCCUCAUCCUUCCCGCCUUUGCACUAUGUGCAGUUGUCCCGCAACCCUCGGACACCUAUGAUCUUUUGCAAGGACCUGUCAUCUCCCCUGCUCUCUAUUUUCCUGAGAACCUGUCAUUUGCAACUAAUGACACAUCCUUCGACGAAGUCUUGAAGCUUAGAUGCGACCCAGUACGCUAUGGGAGGAAUCUGAACGUGGGAAGUUGCAGGAAGGUCUUCAACUUCAUAACACAGGAUGACACACAGACCGUUUUCGCAGAACGCAGUACUGUUCAGCCGCAUGAUUUAAAUCUUCCUUUUAGGGCUACUAGCAGUGAUGGGUUGUGUUAUGUCCAGCCAAUACUUGCUGAAGGAGCAGUGACCGCCCGAGCUUCUCCGAGAGAAGUAGGCAACGCUGCCUACACUCUCUUCCAGGAGUGUGUUGUCAAACGUGGUAUGGGCGGAAUAGCCGGAGACAUUGGUCAGUUAAAUCCAGUUGAAAUAUUAGGGCAUUUGGGGUUCAAGUAA